AUGAAUUACAAAGUUUUUGUUUGGAAUUGCCAGGGUGCGGGAAGUAGACGCUUUACUAGAGUGUUCAAUGAGUAUAAAAGGAGGCAUCGUCCUCAAAUCGUGAUUAUUGUUGAGCCACGGAUUAGUGGUGACAGAGCUAAGGAUGUCAGGCAGAGCUUGGGUUUCGACAAAGAGUUUGUAGUUGAGGCGGUGGGUUUCUCGGGAGGAAUUUGGGUGCUAUGGAAUUCCACGGAUAUUUGUCUGUCCCAAGUUAACGCCCACGCUCAGUUCAUUCAUAUUCAGGUAGAGCCAGCAGGUGUACCGGGGCAUAAAUGGCUACUCACAGCAGUCUAUGCAAACCCUGCUCCCAUGCAACGUCGGGUUCUGUGGGAAGCUUUGAGAGAGUUAGCCGAAGACCAAGACCAGGCAUGGGCAAUCAUGGGUGACUUUAAUUCCAUCCUGCGUCCUGAGGAGAAACUUGGAGGUGCCCCUUUUGAUUCCUCUCGCAUUCAGGACUUUCAGGACUGUAUCAACGAUACCAGCCUGGUGGACCUAGGAUACCGCGGGCCGCCGUUUACUUGGUUCAGAAAUGGUGUCCGAGAACGCCUAGACCGGGUGCUUGCCAACAAUAUGUGGACAUCGCUGUUCCCGGAAGUCUCGGUCAGGCACUUACCUCGUGUCAAAUCAGACCAUAGACCCCUUCUACUGUCUACGGAUUUGUCGUGCCCACCGGCAGGACCGAAACCCUUUCGCUUCUUGGCUGCUUGGCUUACCCACGACGAGUUUACUCCGAUGCUCCAGGAAGCAUGGGCCAAGGGGACCUCAUUUAUUGGUUUGGCGGAGGAGUUUGCCAAGGAAGCAAUACGUUGGAACCAUCAUGUUUUUGGCCAUAUUCUCCGGAAAAAAGAUGCCUUGCUGAGGAAAUUAGAGGAUCUAGAAAAAAGGGAUGGGCGGUUAUCAGUAUCACCACAGCUAGAAGCCACUCGAGAGGAUCUUGAGACUAUAUUGUUCCAAGAGGAACUUUUAUGGUACCAGAAAUCGAGGUUGGAGUGGAUUGUAUCGGGGGACCGAAAUACCGCUUAUUUCCAUGCAAGAACGUUGAAGCGAAGGAAGAGGAAUCGGAUACUGGUGCUUAAAAAUAAUGAGGGUGACUGGGUGCUGGGAAACAGUGGGGAGCAGUCUAGCUAA